UAAAAGGUCCUUGAGCCUGUGACAGGACCGAGCCCGUCGGCGUUGGCCUUGAAGGAUUCCAGAAGCAUAAGGACAGGUCUCCUCGCGCAGCAACCCGACGAUACUGUUCCCCGCCCUUUUAAGGGCUGCUGGAAGUCCUCAGCAGGAGCUGAAGCUGUGUAGCGACUGGGGCUGAGGGGCCUGCCUGGCCUGUCAGUAGGGACCCAGAGGAUGAGGAGGACAAAAUCAAUAUAACCAUGAUCUGUAAGGGUGGACAUGACUCAACGGCCAGACUGUGCCUGGCUAAUGGAUUCCUGCUUCUCAUACCUGACUCCAUCUAAGAAGGUUUAGCCCCUUAAGGAAAAAGUAUUUUCGCUGUUUCAGAGAGUCAAGUGACCGGCCCAGGACGGAGCUGCCACAAGGGCACGCGGGCCUCGCCAGCUGCCUCACUCGCGGACGUCUUCCCAGGUCACCCUUGGCGCCUUCAGGACCCUCACCCAAGCCCCGCCGAGCUCCCAGCCCUCCCAUCGCGGCCCCGACCUGGGGCGCGGCCGCUACCGGCACCAUGCGCCCGGCAGCCCUGCUGCUCCUGCCCUCGCUGCUGGCGCUCCUGGCUCACGGACUUUCCUCGGAGGCCCCUACAGUGGGGGAAGAGCAGGCCCCAGGCAUGGAGGAGACGGAUGGGGAGCUGACAGUGAACCCCACACCUGAGCAGCCAGAACGAGGCAUCCACUUCGUCACAACGGCCCCUACCCUGAAGCUGCUUAACCACCACCCCCUGCUCGAGGAAUUCCUGCAAGAGGGGUUGGAGGAGGGGGAGGCAGAGCUGAGGCCAGCACAGCCCUUCCGGCCUGACCCACCUACACCAUACACCCCGAGUCCCCUUCCCCGUCUGGCUAAGCAGGACAGCCGCCCCGUCUUCACCAGCCCCACUCCAGCCAUGGUGGCAGCGCCUACUCAGCCCCAGUCCAGGGAAGGACCCUGGAGCCUGGAGUCAGAGCCCCCUGCACUUCACAUCACAGCUCCUCUACCUCCAGGGCCCAGUAUGGCAAUGCCCACCCCAGGCCCAGCAGAGAGGCCCAAUACUACACCCCCUAGCAGGGCAUGGACUCCAACCCGAGAAGGUCCUGGAGACAUAGGCAGGCCCUGGGCUCAAGAGGUCAUGUCGCAGACCACAGGGCUUGGGAUUGAGGGGACCAUCACCACCUCUACGGCUUCAGGGGACGAUGAGGAGACCACCACCACCAGCACCAUCAUCACCACCACCAUCACCACAGUCCAGCCACCAGGCCCUUGUAGCUGGAAUUUCUCAGGCCCAGAGGGCGCUCUGGACUCCCCCACGGCCCCCAGCUCACCCCUUGAUGUCGGCCUGGACUGUCUCUACUACAUCUCCGUCUAUCCUGGCUACGGUGUGGAAAUCAAGAUCCAGAACAUCAGCCUCCGAGAAGGGGAGACAGUAACUGUGGAGGGCCUCGGGGGGCCUGACCCCUUGCCCCUGGCCAACGAGUCUUUCCUGCUGAGGGGCCACGUCAUCCGCAGCCCCACCCACCAAGCGGCCCUGAGGUUCCAGAGCCUCCCACCACCUGCUGGGCCUGGCACCUUCCAUUUUUACUACCAAGCCUAUCUCCUGAGCUGCCACUUUCCCCGACGUCCAGCUUAUGGAGCUGUGACUGUCACCAGCCUCCACCCAGGAGGUAGUGCCCGCUUCCACUGUGCCACUGGCUACCAGCUGAAGGGUGCCAGGCUCCUUACCUGUCUCAACGCCACCCAGCCCUUAUGGGAUUCUCAGGAGCCUGUCUGCAUUGCUUCCUGCGGUGGAGUGAUCCGCAAUGCCACCACGGGCCGUAUCGUCUCUCCUGGCUUCCCGGGCAACUACAGCAUCAACCUCACCUGCCACUGGCUGCUUGAGGCUCCCGAGGGCCAGCGGCUGCACCUGCACUUUGAGAAGGUUUCCCUGGCAGAGGAUGACGACAGGCUCAUCAUCCGCAAUGGGGACAAUGUGGAGGCCCCGCCCGUGUAUGAUUCCUACGAGGUGGAGUACCUGCCCAUUGAGGGCCUGCUCAGCUCUGGCCGACACUUCUUUGUGGAGCUCAGUACUGACAGCAGUGGGGCGGCUGCAGGCAUGGCCCUGCGCUAUGAGGCCUUCCAGCAAGGCCAUUGCUAUGAGCCCUUUGUCAAAUACGGCAACUUCAGCAGCAGCGCACCCUCCUACCCUGUGGGCACCACCGUGGAGUUCAGCUGCGACCCUGGCUACACCCUGGAGCAGGGCUCCAUCAUCAUUGAGUGCGUUGACCCUCAUGACCCCCAAUGGAAUGAGACAGAGCCCGCCUGCCGAGCUGUGUGCAGUGGGGAGAUCACAGACUCGGCCGGCGUGGUGCUCUCCCCCAACUGGCCAGAGCCCUACGGCCGUGGGCAGGACUGCAUCUGGGGCGUGCAUGUGGAGGAAGACAAGCGCAUCAUGCUGGACGUCCGAGUGCUGCGCAUAGGCCCUGGUGACGUGCUUACCUUCUACGAUGGGGAUGACCUGACAGCCCGGGUGCUGGGCCAGUACUCUGGGCCCCGUGGCCACUUCAAGCUCUUUACCUCCAUGGCCGACGUCACCAUACAGUUCCAGUCGGACCCCGGGGCCUCAGUGCUGGGCUACCAGCAGGGCUUUGUCAUCCACUUCUUUGAGGUGCCCCGUAAUGACACGUGUCCGGAGCUGCCUGAGAUCCCCAAUGGCUGGAAGAGCCCAUCGCAGCCUGAGCUGGUCCACGGCACUGUCGUCACUUACCAGUGCUAUCCUGGCUACCAGGUGGUGGGAUCCAGUGUCCUCAUGUGCCAGUGGGACCUAACCUGGAGUGAGGACCUGCCCUCCUGCCAGAGGGUGACUUCCUGCCAUGACCCUGGGGAUGUGGAGCACAGCCGACGCCUCAUAUCUAGCCCCAAGUUUCCCGUGGGGGCCACCGUGCAGUAUAUCUGUGACCAGGGUUUUGUGCUGACGGGUAGUGCCAUCCUCACCUGCCAUGACCGCCAAGCCAGCAGCCCCAAGUGGAGCGACCGGCCCCCCAAAUGUCUCCUGGAACAUCUCAAGCCGUGCCAUGGCCUCAGUGCCCCCGAGAAUGGUGCCCGCAGUCCUGAGAAGCAGCUGCACCCAGCGGGGGCUACUAUCCACUUCUCAUGUGCCCCUGGCUACGUGCUGAAGGGCCAGGCCAGCAUUAAGUGUGUGCCCGGACACCCCUCACAUUGGAGUGACCCCCCACCCAUCUGUAGGGCUGCCUCUCUGGAUGGCUUCUACAGCGGCCGCAGCCUGGAUGUUGCCAAGGCGCCUGCUGCCUCCAGCACCCUGGAUGCUGCUCACAUUGCAGCUGCCAUCUUCUUGCCGCUGGUGGCAAUGGCGCUCUUGGUGGGAGGUGUGUACCUCUACUUCUCCAGGCUCCAGGGGAAAAGCCCCCUGCAGCUGCCCCGAACACGACCCCGCCCUUAUGACCGCAUCACCGUGGAGUCAGCAUUUGACAAUCCAACUUACGAGACUGGAUCUCUUUCCUUUGCAGGAGACGAGAGAAUAUGAAGUCUCCAUCUAGGUGGGGCAGCCUGGGGAAGCCGGCUCAGCCCUGCAUCACAGCCCAGCAGCAGGGCUCCCAGCUUCCUGCUGUCCCUCCACCUCCUGUACAUACCACCUGGGAAGAGAUGCCACCAAUCCCUCAAGAAUUUGUGCUCUUCCCACCUGCAAUGCCCACCAGGGCCUAUUUUCUUGGUACCACUGCCCACUUAGGGCCCCUCCUUGGGUCCAAGUCAGGGGCAUCUGCCUCUAGGCAGAACACAGCUGGGGCACAGGCAUCAAGAACCAGCAUUCUCCUGACUCUCUUUCGUGCCCUGGACCUCCAGCCUGGAAUUCACAGGCAGAGCGGGAGCACCUCUCUCCAUGUGACCACCAUCCAGCCCUGGCAUGUAGCACCCUGCAGCAGGGUUAACUUGACAGUGGCGGAAACUGUGCCAGGGUGCUCCUCACGGGGCCAUCACCAGUGGCCAAAACUGCUCUCAACAGUGACCUCUGGGUAGUCCUGACAUGCUGACAUCAGCCCCCUCGGCGGGGGGGGGGGGGUCUCUAGUCUUUCUCUAAGGCCCCGGGAAUGAUCAGUUCUGCCUUCUGUCCCUUCCUGGGGGAGGCAAUAAUUCUAAGGGAUCCUAAGGGGUUUAGGGACUCUACCCCAAGCUCAGGUUGGGCUUCCCUAGGCCACACCACUCAUGCUCCACACCAAAGCAGGACACCCCGCUGCUCCCCUGGCAGCCCUGCACCCUGAAGAGAGGGAGACCUUCCCCUGAUGUCAGCCUGGCUGUUAAAAACAUCCUCUUUCCCACUAGCCCCUCCUCCAACCCCAGCCCCCUGUCAGCCUUCCCUCCUGGCCACUGCGUUUUGGGAUAAGGGGAGUGGGCAGGUAUAUUCUGGAAAGGAGCAGAGGUCCAAGGGUCCAGGAAUUUGGCAUGGAACAGGGGGUCAGAGCGUCCCAGGGAGAGGCCCAGAAGCUGGCUGCAGGCCACUUUGUACAUGUAAUGUAUUAUACGGCGUCUGGGCUCCAGCCAGAGAACAAUCUUCUAUUUCUGUUGUUUCCUUAUUAAAAUGGUGUUUUUGAAAAA